UCCUAACCUUAGCUAUGCAGAAAAAUCACAAAGAAUUCUAAGCACUGAAAACUAAGAAGAAAAACAGGAGAGAGCUCUCAAAUGGAGCCAAAUCCUUGCCUUUAUACCAAAAUCGUCCUCGAACCCCAAGAAAAACAGGAGAGAGCUUUCAAAUGAAGAUGAAGAGGAUAACCACAAGACCUCCAUCUCCAGGAGUCGGCCAGUCGCAAAAAUGAAGAUGAAGAGGAUAUCCACAAGACCUCCAUCUCCAAGUAAUCUUCCUUCUUUCAUUUUUACCAUUCUGCAGAAUACAAGUAGUGGAUUUCAUUCCGACGCUGUUAAUGCUAAUCCUGCUUGUACGGGUAGAAUUAAACAAACCCAUUUGGAAUUGGAGAAUUUGAUUCAAACUCGAUGCAAAUCUGGAAAUUUUAGGACAGAUGAAGCAUUGAGUUACUUUGAUUCCAUGAUUCAAACAAAACCCUUGCCCUCUAUUUGGACUUUCAAUUGUUUGUUUGGGGCACUCUCCAAGAUGAAGGAGUAUUCUGCUGUGGUUUCUAUGUGUAAACAGUUGAUGGUUGCGCUCAAUUCCGACCUAAUGUCUGCACAAUGAAUAUUUUUCUGAAUUGCUCGUGUCGUCUAAACCGGGUGGAUUUGGGUUUCUCUGUUUUAGCAAUUACCCUUAAGUAUGGUCUUCAACCCGAUGCUCAUUCUAUAAAUACUUUGCUCCAUGGACUUUGCAAGAAUAGUUCUCUGGCCGAGGCAAUGGAGUUCUUCCAGGAAAUAGAAGAUAAGGGAUACACAUGCGAUGAAAUCACUUAUGCUACAAUAAUUAAUGGGUUAUGCAAAGCUGGGAAAACUUCUAAGGCACUCGAGAUACUAAUGAAGAUGUGGGAAGAUGGAAGAUUGAAGCCCAACCAAGAUUGCUACAAUCCAAUUAUGGAUAGCCUUUGUAAAGAAAGACGAAUAGACGACGCCUUGACCCUAUUUCGAGAUAUGAUCAGCAAAAGUGUUGUACCGGGUAUUAUCACUUAUACCACAUUGAUUCAUGGGUUAUGCAACACGAGCCGCUGGGAAGAAAUGCUCUCUCUUUUUGAAGGAAUGGUAGAUCAAGGAGUCAAGCCUAAUGUUGUCACCUACAACACUCUAAUUUAUGCAUUGUGCCAAUUGGGGAGGAUGGAAAAGGCCAAGAGCUACUUGAUUUGCAUGCUUAACAGUGGAAUUUCACCAGAUGUAUACACAUAUAGUAUUCUUAUCAGCAGUCUUUGCAAGGAAGAAAGAAUUCAAGAAGCGCUUACUCUGUUGGAAAAUAUGACAACGAAAGGCAUAAAGCCUGAUGUUGUCACUUUUACUUCCUUGAUUUCUGCAUCAUGCAAGUCUGGUAACUGGGAGGAAGGUGUGAGCUUAUUCAAAACCAUGAUUGGUUAUGGAAUUUCACCAGAUGUAUACACAUAUAAUAUUCUUAUCAGCACUCUUUGCAAGGAAGAAAGAAUUCAAGAAGCGCUUACUCUGUUGGAAAAUAUGACAACGAAAGGCAUAAAGCCUAAUGUUGUCACUUUUACUUCCUUGAUUUCUGCAUCAUGCAAGUCUGGUAACUGGGAGGAAGGUGUGAGGUUAUUCAAAACCAUGAUUGGUUAUGGAGUCUUGCCUGAUAUUGUUACAUACAGUGCUGUUCUGGAUGCUUUAUGCAAGGAAGGGAAGACAACAGAGGCACUGAAUCUUGUGGAAGAAAUGAUCAGUAGGGGGGAAAAGCCUAAUGUUGUGACUUACAGCUCCUUAAUUAAUGGAUUGUGCCGGACCAGCCAAUGGAGAGAAGCCACAAGGUGGUUUAAUAGAAUGCUGGAUGAAGGUAUUGCCCCAAGUGUUAUAACCUAUAAUAAUAUGAUAAGUUCUCUUUGCAAGGAGGGGAGGACCGAGGAAGCCCUCAGUAUGUUAGAGUUAAUGACUCAAAGAGGUCUGACACCUGAUGUUAUCACUUACAACAGUUUAAUCCAUGGCAUGUGCCGUACAGCUCAAUGGGAAGAAGCCACAAGGCUGUUUGAUGAACUGGUAGGCCGGGGAAUCUUUCCUAAUACCGGUACUCUGGUAAUACUUUUGGAUGCUAUCUGCAAAGGUGGGAUGACGGAAGAGACUCACAAAAUAUUUGAGGCAACAAUUGAAUACGGUAUGAAACUCAGCACAAUAACUUGCAGUAUGCUGGUUAGUGAAUAUUGUUUGCAGGGCAGAAUGGAUAAGGCGAAGGUGGUCUUGAACUUAACGGCAGCUAUGGGUUAUGCGCCUGAUAUUGCUUCCUAUAAAACCUUGGUCAACGGCUAUAUAAACGUUAACAGAAUAGGUGAAGCUUCGAGGCUUGUUAAAGAAAUGAUCCAAAUAGGAUUGAUGCCUGAUCUGGAAAUGCAACUAACUUUGGGGCGUUUUCGUCAUAAAAGCCAUAUUGGAUUAGCAGGGUAGUUGUUAGGUCCCUCUGCAAGGGUUUGAAGAUUAAGGAUGAAAAGCCUUCAGUUAUCGUUAGUUUCUAACUUCUAGUGACCACGCAAUAUUGUUAGUUGUGGUAAACUUUGGAUUGGAUGAAGAUCAGUGCUCGUGGCGGCACAUCGGAGAGAACCAUUGAAGCUACGGGGCUUGUAUAAAGAAGUGAUCGAAAAAGUAUUGAUACCUGAACUGGAAAUUCAACGUAGACGUUUUGGUUUAGAAGGCAAUUUUUUUUGCAGAAUAUUUCUCCUUGUGAGUGUGGCUUGCGUGAGUUUUUGGAUGUCACUAAUGAACAAAUACAUGGUACCGUUGAUUGAUAUUUACAACUGAACUAGUUAAACCUUUACACUAUGUUUGGAUGAUGAA